GCCCGCCCGGCGGCCCGCGUAGCCCGCGCAGCCCUCACUCGCUGCCGCGCCUCGGAGUUUGAGCCCGGCGCAGCCCGAGCGCAGGCACGCCCGGGGCGCGGGGUCGGAGCGCGCAGCGCGGCGCCGCCCCCCGGCCCUCGGCCCCCCAGCCCCUGGCGCCCCCGGAGCUGCGCGCCGAGGGAGGAGGGCGGGCGGGCGCGGCGGGCCGGGCCGGCGGGCGGCGGACUAUGAGGCGCCCACCAUGGUGCGAUGCGACCGCGGGCUGCAGAUGCUGCUGACCACGGCCGGAGCCUUCGCUGCCUUCUCGCUCAUGGCCAUCGCCAUCGGCACCGACUACUGGCUGUACUCCAGCGCGCACAUCUGCAACGGCACCAACCUGACCAUGGACGACGGGCCCCCGCCCCGCCGCGCCCGCGGCGACCUCACCCACUCGGGACUGUGGAGGGUGUGUUGCAUCGAAGGCAUCUAUAAAGGACACUGCUUCAGGAUCAACCACUUCCCAGAGGACAAUGAUUAUGACCAUGACAGCUCAGAGUACCUCCUCCGCAUUGUGCGAGCCUCCAGUGUCUUUCCCAUCCUCAGCACCAUUCUGCUUCUGCUUGGAGGGCUCUGCAUCGGCGCUGGGAGGAUCUACAGCCGCAAGAACAAUAUUGUCCUCAGUGCAGGCAUCCUCUUUGUGGCUGCAGGCCUCAGUAACGUCAUUGGCAUCAUCGUCUACAUUUCCAGCAACACAGGCGACCCCAGCGACAAGCGUGACGAAGACAAAAAGAACCAUUACAACUACGGCUGGUCUUUUUACUUUGGAGCCCUGUCGUUUAUUGUGGCGGAGACGGUGGGCGUCCUGGCUGUAAACAUUUACAUAGAGAAAAAUAAAGAGUUGAGGUUUAAGACCAAGCGGGAAUUCCUUAAGCCCUCUUCCUCCUCUCCUUACGCCAGGAUGCCGAGCUACAGAUACCGGCGACGGCGGUCCAGGUCCAGUUCCAGGUCCACUGAGGCCUCGCCCUCCAGGGAUGCGUCCCCCGUGGGCCUGAAGAUCACUGGGGCCAUUCCCAUGGGUGAGCUGUCCAUGUACACACUGUCCAGGGAGCCCCUCAAAGUAACCACAGCUGCCAGCUACAGCCCGGACCAGGAUGCUGGCUUCCUACAGAUGCACGACUUCUUCCAACAGGAUCUAAAGGAGGGUUUCCAUGUCAGCAUGCUGAACCGACGGACGACUCCUGUGUGACCUGCCCACCCACCUCUGCACCGGCCUCCCCAAGAGUGGCUGUUUGUGUGACACGAAACAGGGUGACCCUUAAGAUUAUAGACAGUGAACUGGAGCUAAGGGCAACCCUGCCUGGCAUCCAGAAGAUGCCAUGGACUGGCUUAGAUGGAAGGAAGCCUGGAGACCGGAAGCAGGGCUAGGGUAGAAACGGAAAUCUAAACUUUCUCCCAAGACAGGGUGUAUUGCUGCCCUCUGGGUCUCUGAAAUUUCCCAGGAGGCCCAAGAAUUUUCCAGAAGCUGCAUCAGCCUGCCUCUUGGGAACCAGGAAACCAGUCACGCCUGAAGAAGAUGUCAAACCCUUUCCCCUUACCUGGGCACUGGGCCACAAGAAGGCUUCUUCCAGAACUGGGACCUCUGGGCUCCCGUCAGCUGUUUCCUAUCCAGAAGUUCCUGUGUCCUGGAGCCCUCCCUCCAUUCCCUUCUGUGUGU